AAAGCAAGCACAGAUUUACGUAGGCCCAACACAUAAUAAUACCAUCACUGAUGUUUACGUACGGAAUUUAAAUAAAUAAAAUACUUAUUCGCGGAGAAAACAUUCUUCAACAGAACGAACGGAUGGAGUUCCCUGUGGACGGCCUGGUCAGCGUGAGCCAAGAGAUCCUGGAGAGAUCAGCCCAGGACUACAUGAACAGCCUUCUCCACAGCCCCCUUGACUCACCCCAACACCUCACCCUCGCAAACAACACACAGGUGCCCAUUGGUCUUUCCAAUGUGGGUUUCGUUCCUCUAUAUGGAGACAACAUGAGACAGAAAGUCCUCGCCCUGUUCUCCCAACAGGACCAGUUUACAGCGGUGGGGCUGUACCUGUUGGAUCAAUGGUGGUCACUGGAGAAUAUCUUAAAAACAGCAAACUCUGCCAAAGAUGGAGCUGUGGAGGUGGAGUCCAUAGGGGAGCGGAUAGUUCUGUACGUUUUGAACCGUGUGGUGUACAGAGCCAAGGAGAUUAGUUCAGGCGAACUACCUUUCCUCUGCCACGGAGAGAACGACUACGCCAAGAUCCUUUGGAAAGACGGACAGGCUGUCGGCUUCUACUCAGUCAAACCUUCAGGCAGCUUGUGCAGUUCCUUCGUAACCCAAUGCUAUCACAUUCCUGUCAUGGAUUCCAUAUUCGUCAGGAAGUGUCACCGUGGCAACGGUCUGGGUCUCCAGAUGCUGGAGAACUUUGUUGACAGUUUCAAAGAGGAAUACCUUGGGUUGAGAUACCCCCUUUCAAAAGCUAUGUACAAAGUGUGUGGGAAGUAUCUGAGCCUGUACCCAGCCCACAGAGACCUACUGUGGGAAGUGGAGAGUGUUGGAGGACCCAGCCAGAGGACCAACAUAGCCAACAAGAUCCAGGCCAUGGCCAUGAGCACCUUAUCCAAGAACUUGUCUUUUACGGAGCACUCUGUAGUGAACCGUGACGUGGUUGAAAACAAGGUGGUUAUGGAGGAAGUGACUUCACACUUACAGGAACAGGAAGCCAUGGAGUACACCGUUGAAAUUGUGGAGGAAGUUACACUGGUCAGGGUGCCAAAAGGCAAGUAUUGGUUGAUUCAUUUACUGGAUCUUCGCGAUAACAUACAAAAUCUAACAAUAGACUUCUCUUCCUAA